AUAAAAGCCCCUCAAAAUAUCUUUACUCUCAUGUACUUUUUUCCUUUUGUUUGCUUUCCUUCUAUUCCUUUCUUUAUUCUCUUUGUUUUGUCCUCAGCUACCUAUAGAAGCAAAAUGCAUCACAGUCAUCAAUACCCCCUUCCUUGUUUGUAUUGCCACCCACAUAGCUAUAUUAGGAUGGUUCAAAAUCUCAUAGAGAGAUGCUUGCUAUUUCACAUGAGUCAAGAGCAAUGCAUAAAAGCACUAGCAGAACAUGCAGGGAUUAAACCACUUGUUACACAUACAGUGUGGAAAGAGUUACAAAAGGAGAAUAAGGAGUUCUUCGGAGCAUAUUUGCAAGUUAUCACUCCCAGGCCAUUCAUGAGUAGAUAUUUUCAAAGGAGACCAAGAUUAGCAAGAAGGAAAUAAUAGAAACAAUGAACUCAUGAGUGGUCACCGAAUAAUCCCACAAGGGAAAAGUAAGCUGGAUGAACUCUUUCAGCAUUUAGUUAAAGAUGGACCAGGGAUUAAUGCUGGGUUUAAUAUUAAUGAUUAUUAGUUAUAACAAAAAAGUUGUUUGCUUUAUUUGGUUUGUAUCUCCCAAAGAAUUUGUGGGUUAACAACCUGCUCCAUAGCGCAUGUAAUGGACGACCAGUAUAUAUAGUACUUUAAUGCUUGCUGCGAUUUUCAGAAGUAAAAU